AAUCGUGCACACUGUCCUUUGUCCGGGAUUAGUCAUGGAAGACAGUUUCAGAGUUAGAGUUGAUAGGGCUUUUGGCUCUCUAGCUGUGUCUUCAUCGUCACCUUCGUCCAUGUGUUCGGUAUGGUCUCUGACCGACGAUGAGGUUGAGAGAAAGGAAUGGAAUCGAGGUACAGACAAUUUGGACAGAGAAGAAAUCCCAUGUUCUUCGUCCUUCACUGGGUUCUUCGGGAAGGACCGCAAGACUUCUCAGAAAGAGUCGAAAAAUAUUCGGAAAGAGUUUCGGAAGGAUCUCGAAGACCUUGACGACGGUGACGAAGAUGAGCAACGUGGUUCUGGUCAAUCUGCCGAUCGAGAUGGCCACUACCAGGAAGAGUGGGAAAUUCGUUCUUCAAUUGGCUUAGACUGUACUCUGGAUAACGAGGAAGAGGAAGAUGAAUGUGAUAAAGUGGCUAUUGGCCGCAAGGAAGAUGCAGGUGACUACUUGUAUAUGAGGGAUAUUUCUGAGCUUGAGGAAUACUUAAAUUGUGAUACUGUGCUUCCAAAUUCCUUUAGGGAGGCCACUCGGGAUCCACGUGCUAAUCACUUGGCAGCAAGCAUUAGGCUCAAAGAAGAUGAAGCCCAAGCUGCAAAAUUCAAUUCUUCUCAGGCUUCCUGUACUAUGCUACCAGUUGGUUUUGAUCCUCAUGUAUCUGAAGGUGAGAACUUGAAAUCUAUUCUGAAAAGGAAGGCAAAUCAACCGGCAUCAAAGUCACAAAAACGUGUGAGGUUUGACCCUGAAUGUGAAAACAAUCAUGAGAGUGAGAUGGAGGAAGUCCAGGAUUUGUCGACAGUCACCCAUCCGAUAGGCAUCCGUGCUGUUGCAGAAAAUGGUUCACUGUUGCCUCAAGAUUCCCAAGGAAUUCCAGAUUAUGUUUGGGAUCCAUCCAAGUAUACACGUUAUAGUUUUGAUUCAUCAAGUGAAGUUGAUGAAGAAUCUAACCGACAAGCUUACAUGGAUCUUCUCAGCAUGAUGAAGAAGCCAACUUCUGCAGACACUGACCUAGAUUGUACUUGUACCGCCUCGAAAUCAAUAGUAUUUACUCCUAAAAAGAAGGCAAAUAAUGAUUCAGUUGUGAGCAGCAACGAGGGUAAGCAAACCCUGGGAGAUGUUUUUGAGGAGUCUGUGCGCAAGGCAGGCUUUCCCCUUGGCAUUGCAGUUGGUGAAUCCCAAGAAGGUGAAGCUUGUGCAAUGGAAGAAGAUGAGCUGGAAACAGCAACAACAGAUACAAGCAGCAGCAACCGAAAAGUAACCCGCCAUUAUAGAUUCAAAGUUCAGUUGGAUGACUCUGAUACUUGAUGUAAUGAUGUAAUCUUGAGAUUUCAGUGAGGGCAGUAAUGCUGAUCCAUAAUGUACUUGCAGUGAAGCAUUAUGUAGGUGGAACUUGGGGGA